AUUACUCAACAAGCCUCUGAUUUUGUUUGCAACCUCAAAUUAAAUACGAAAAAUUUAAACGACAGUAAAUAUGAAUUCCCAGAACGAAGAAAACUUGUUUGCAUCCAACCAGCAGGGCGAUAAUCGCAAUACACAAGAAGUGGCCGGUGGAGAAGUGGCAUCGGACGGUACUCAACCGGCAGAGGCAGAGCCAGGCCCACAAAUUGCAGCGGAGGCAACUGCCGCAGGUGCCAUCAACAACACCGUUCCGUGUGUCCAGCAAAGACGCACUCGCACCCAGCAACAGACAUUUCGAUACACUGAAAACGAAUUGCGUCAGAUUAGACAGCAACUUUUCCGUCCGGUUCAAGAAGCUUACUUGACAGUGCGUUUCUGGUACUAGAGGAUGGAUUAAACUCAAUAUUGUUUAACCAUUUCUGAAUCUUCUUCUUUUUGAAUUUCUUCCUCGAGGCAUGUUGCUUCGACGACCCAGUGCUGUUAUUUC